GGCGAAUCGCGUCUGACGGAACUUUCAGUUCCUGUUCGGAGCUGUGACGUUACGGUUGCGGGUUUCGCCGUGAAAUAGUAUCGAAGCAGUAGUAGAGCAACAGUAUUCAAAGUUGGAAACAGUAUUCAGUUCAAAACAGAAGUCAGUGCUGGAAAAGUUACAUAAAAUCAAGAUCUUCAAAUCAGAGAGACAGAGAUAACAGAGAUAACGAAAAAACAAUCCUAAAUCGGAAAUCAAAAAGCAUUACAAGACCAGAGCAAGUAUCAGGAUGUCGCAGGACAAGCAGGAAACUCACGAGAAGGAGACCCAGGCGAAUGGGGGUCCACCUUCGCCCGUCUCACCGGCUCCGCCCCUAACCGAAGAGUUGGAGGCGGUGUCGGUGUCGGUGGUGGUGGAGGAUGGCCGGAGUCUCGGCUGUGGCGGAGAAGCCGAGGCAGCUGCCGCCACCGGCCAUCGGGAGGCGGAUGUGGCUGGCCGGGCCGGUGCCGUGGAGCAUGAAGCGGCACUGGAGGAGGAUGAUGCCGAGGCUAUGGCAGGAGCUGCAGCUAUUCCUAAUCCACAUCCUAAUCUCAACCCGAUUCCGAAUCCGAAUCCGAACCCGAAUCCAAAUCCAAAUCCGAAUGCAGAUGGCCAGGAGAGGGACAGGGAAUCGCACGCCGACAGAUCCAACCUACGGGAUGAGUUCGGCACUCAGCGCGUCUAUAAGAAAACAUCGCCCAAUUGCGUGCUGACCUUGUAUCUGCCCACUCGGGAGAUAACCCUCACCGGAAACAAUCCGUCCGUGUUGCGGGGCAUCGUCUACGUGGACCCGAAGGCCAUCCAGGGAUAUCGCGUAUACGCCCAGCUGACGCUCACAUUUCGGUAUGGGCGCGAGGACGAGGAAGUGAUGGGUCUGCGAUUCUGCAACGAGGCCAUCAUGUCGCUGCAUCAGAUUUGGCCACGCCUCGAGGAGCCAUCGCCGGACUCCCUCAGCCCCUUGCAGGAGGCUUUGAUGAAACGUUUGGGGGAUGGCGCUCAUCCCUUCACCCUUACCCUAUCGGCCCAUGCCCCUCCUAGCGUCCAACUGGUUCCGGCCAAGCGGUACUAUGGCGCCCCCAUCGGCACCAGCUACGAUGUCCGCUGCUUCAUUGCUGACAAGACGGAUGAGAAAUUCCAUCGGCGGGCAUCCGUUAAAAUGGGCGUAAGAGUCAUCUACCGUACGGACGUAUUCCAUCACCAGCACGCCGCUCCCGCUGAGCACUUUGCCGCCUUCGCUGGCGGUCAGAACAGUGCCCAGUCUCCUCCGGCCAGUGCCACGCCCCCGCCCGCUGGCGAGGGUGGCGACCAGCAGCAACAACAACAGCAGGCCUCUGGAUCCAAGCACAAGAACAAGUCCGAGAGGGGCGACUCCUUCCCGAAGUUGCGGCUAUCGCCAAAGUCCUUCCGCUUUAGCGGUCGCUUCGGACGCAGCAAGAGCGAGAUCGAGAAGUGUCCCAACGAUCCGUUCCACAGCUACAGCAAGUCCUUCCAGGAGCAUUGUGACAGCAUGUUGCCGCCUCAUAGUGGCGCCGGGGUGACCGGUGGCAUCGGGGGCGUCAGCGUUGGUCCCUGCGGCGGACCCCAGGGCGCCGUCGACAAGCCGUUCUUGCUCCAUGAUGGACGGGUGGCGCUCCGGGCGAGCCUGGACAAGGGCUGGUACACCCACGGCGAGGACGUGAAUGUGACGAUCAACAUUCGCAACGACAGCCGCAAGACGGUGCGAAAAGUCCGGGUCUGUGCCAUCCAGCACGUGGAUGUCUGCAUGUUCAACAAUGGGAAGUUUAAGAACGUAGUUGCCGAUUCGGACAACGUGACUCCGCCUGUUGACAGGACUGUGGCUGCCGGAGCCUCCUUGAACACCACCGUGGCUCUCCGUCCCCAGAGGGGCCCAACCAAGAACUGGAUCGCUUUGGAGGACACCUUGCAGCGUAGCACCGAACCGGAAGAGAUCACCGGCGCCAUUGCCGCCUCGGCCAUCCGAUCGCCACACUUUGUCACCCAGACCGCCCAGCUCCUGGCUGGUCAUCCGUUGGCCAGUCCGGCCGUAACAUCGCCACAUCCCCACCACUAUCCCCCGGCUGGUAACCAGUUCGGCUCGGCAGCAGUCGGAGCUGAGGAGCGGAACGUGUUCGCUAUCUACGUGUCCUACUACGUAAAGGUCAAGCUUACCCUGAGCGGCAUGGGCGGUGAGCUGUCCCUGAAGCUGCCCUUCGUCCUGGUCCAUGUCGAUGAGACCCAGCGUCCCGGCUUCGCCUCCGCCACCUUGGGCGAGCUGCGCAUGGAAAUGGAGCGCUUGGCUCUGCAGGAUGUUCCAGUCGGACGGCGCAACAACGGACGACGUCCUGUCCACGAUAUCGGCGAUGGUCCUUCAACUAGUGCUGCUGCCGCUGCUGCAGCUGCUGCCGCUGCCGCCGCUGCUUCCGGUUCCGGUUGCUCCCACUCGGGAACAGCUGCUGCCCAGACUCAGACCCAGACGCAGACCCACGGGCAUCACUUGGAUCGCAUCGAGUCCAUGGACGAUGAGUUCAAUAUCCGGAUUGCCGUGCCGCGAAAGAAUUCCCAUAAGCGGCGAUUGCAGCGCAGCGAGACCCUGGCUCGGGACUUGGAGGAGAAUGAGAACGAGAGCGGAUGCGGAACUGAUCUGGACAGGGAUCAGGAAGACGAUGCCGAGGAGCACAUUGUCCAGAUCCACUUGGAGCAGAUCUCGCCGGACCGGGAGCCGGAGGUAGAGCCGGAGAGGGAGCAUCGGGCUCCUGGCGCCGAGACAGGUGCCGUGCCGAAGUCGUCGAAUGUGUGAUUCUGAUUGUGGUCCCAGAUGUUUGCCAAGCGCCGGAGGAAGCCGUAGAAUAGAGGGCAGUCGCUGGGAGAUUCACAAAAAAACAUAAAGGAUAUCAAUAGGAAGGAAUUUUGGGGGAAGAAAGGCUACGGAGAAAGAGUUACUGCAGGAUUUAAAGAGGAAGUAUCUACGAGACAAGUAUUUGAAGAAAAAGAAAUGUAUCUUAAAGAAAAACGAUCUUAAAAACAAAAUAUCACAAAGGAAGAUUAUUUAUUGAAAAGGAAUCUGAAAGAAGAGCAUUUGAAAGGAUAAGAAUCCGAAGGAAAAUAUACACUACAAGCAAAGUAUUUAAGAAAAAAGAAUUUAAAAAUGCAGAAUCUGCAAAAACACAAGAAAAUAUUAAAAAAACAAGAAUUUAAAAGAGAAGAAUUUACGCAGACAAGAAUGCGAAGAAUUUAUGUUAUCGAAGAAUUAUUCAAAUAAUUAAAAGCGAAAAAAAGCAAAAAUCAUUUGCAAAAAAAGCAAAAAAGAGUGAAAUUUGGAAGAUUAUGAAAAAAUAAUCUAAAAUAUCAGCAGAGAUUAAAAAGAAAAAGAGGAGAAAAUCCAAAAUACAAGAAAUCUAUAAGAUUGAUGAAAAAAUAAUAAAAAUUGAAGAAGAAAAAAGCAAAAACCAAAAAACUAAAAUGUAGUAAGGACUACGAAUUGCAGAAAACCAAAAAAACCAAAAAAGGGUAACUACAUAAGCCUGAUUCCCAAUCAAUUUCCGUCUGUAGGAUUAGAAAACGAAAUUCAAGAAAUUUCAAAACACACCAAAAACAAUCCAAGGACAUUUUUAAGAAACUCAAAAAAAAAAAAAACAAACAAAUAUUUAAUAGAGUAAGCAAACAAAAAAAACACAAUUAUUGUAAAGUCCAAUAAAAAAAGGACAAUAUGAUUUAAAUUUGCAAAAUUUUUGGACAAAAAGGACAUUUUAAAAUGCACAAAACAAAAACCAAAGAGUAAGAAAAAACAAAAAAAAUAUAACAUAAAUGAUUUAAAUAUUUAAAAAAAAAAACAAAAACCUAUGUAAUUUAUAUAAGGAUUAUUUAGAAAAAUGUCUUGUUUAUAAAACUUUUAAUGGCUUUGAUGUAUUAAAACUAAAAAAAAUUUGUUUUAGAUAAGUGAAAACAGAUAUCAAAUAUUUCUAAAAGUAAGUAAUUAAAAAAUAAAAGGAAGAAUAUUUUUUAAUAGUUAUAAUUUUUCAUUAUUUUUAAUUAGAAUAAGAAAAUUCGUAUUUUAUUUUCAAGUGCACAGUUUUUAGUUAAUUUUGAAAUAUUAUUUACUAUAAUAUCCGAGACCUAUAAUAUAAUAGAAUUUCAUCAUCCUUUGCAAUUUAAUUUUCAAUUUCCAAACUUUUAAGCACAAUUCUUACAAUUUUAGCAAUAAAAUAUUAGAGAAAUUGGCAGCUUAAAAUUGCACCUUUUAAAAUGAUUUCAAAACAGUUAAUUUUUCAAAUAAGUUUGAGCUUCUUAGUGAAAUUUUUCUAUUAUUUUUAAGUUAAAAAAAAAAAAUAGAAAUAGGGAAAGUUGAGGGAGAGAUGGAUGGAAAGAAAGGUGUAAAAAAAAAGGACUAAAAAGUUUCAGUUCCGGUUUCAGAGGGAAAUACAGAGGGAUAUUAGUGGAGGAAUUACAAAAGAAAGAUUGCCAAAGGAUGAAAUGAUUGAAUAAAUGAUUGAAAGGCUAAAUAGGACUUUAGGAGACAUUGGAAUGGCAGGUACAUUGGGUGUUUUUAGUUAGAGAUAUGGAAGUGUAUGGGGCUGCGGUAUUCCCUAGGAAUUAGACAAUGAAUUUGAGGUGAAAUUUUUGCAGUUUUUUUUCCUUAAUCUCUCGAUGCGAAAAUGAGAAUUGCGAAAUGCAAAAAACGACGACGAAAUAGGUGACGAAAGUUGAAAGAAACCAGUAGAGAAAAGUGUGAAAAACGUGAAUCAAGUUGGAAACUUGGAAAAACUUUGAAAAAAAAAGUGAAAAAUUUAUUGAGAUUUGAAAGAUACAAUAAAAUGGGAAAAAGAGUAUCUAUAGCCGUAAUUUAUAGUUUUAGGAUAUAUCAUUUGAUAUUAGCCAUGCAAUGCAUUGAAAUUGAUGAUAUUUUUUUGUGUGGAAGGUUGGUCGGGUUUUGGGCAAUAAAAAAAACGGCAAAAAAAAUCCAAAAAAAAAAAAACAAAAAUUGGACUAAAAUCGAAUACGAUUUGGAAUGACACGAUAAGUUUUUUUUGAGAGUUGUUUGGCAAAAGACAACCAAAAACCAAAAAAAAAUAUAUAUAUUUAUCUAUAAAUUAAGUCGGUGUCUGGUUCAAACGAAAUCCAUAUACUCUAUAUACUUAAAUAUAAAAAAAUAUUGAAUAUUUAAUGCCGAUAAUGCGAUUAUCCUUUCAAAUCGCUUAUUUAACUAUAUACAACACACAUAUAUAUUCAUAUAUAUUUACUGAAUAUUGAAUGUUUGAUGUACUAUAUAUAUACAACAUAUAUAUUUACAAGAAACCCAACCAAAAUCCAAACAAAAUAUCUUACAGAGGCCAAAAAACUAAUAAAUAAACGGCAGUCACGCGGUACAAGUUCGAAAUAAAAAAUGCGCGGUUUCACAACAAACUGUCUAGAAAAGUAUUUACAAAAAAAAAUCAGACAAAAUUAAUCCAAAAUAAAAUACACUGAUAGAAGCCAUACUCUUUAUACACAUAUCUGUGGAGGCUCUAGUUGCUUUAGAUGUUCCGUAAAAAAAGAUACAAUAACCAACAAUUACAUAAAAAAUAAUCCAUAUUUGCAUAACCAAUUGUCGAAAAAAACUAGCUAAUAAUUAAGAGAAAAAAUAAAAACCACAUAUACAGAAAUAUAUUUGUUCACAGCAGAGCCGUCUACUAUAGUUUUUUUUCAAAAAAAAAUUAAAUGAAAAUUCCUAUGCGACAGAAAAGAAAAUCACAACCACCAGAAAAAAAAAUACAAAAAUUCAUCAAUCGUAUUGAAAAGAUUUUUAAUGUUCAGCUUGAAUACAAAUACGAAUAUCUUGGUGUAUUAUGUAUAUGUGUCUAGAGUUUUAAUAAAACAUUAAAUAAAAAAAAACUAAGAUGAAUUUAUGAACCGUAGCCACGCAGAAUAAUUCAACUAUAUAGAUGAUAUUUUUGUGAGUGUACCGCUUUGAUCACUUUAUGCUACACCUAAAGAAAAAAAUUCAAGAAAAUCCAACAAAAAAAAAACGUAAAUGUGAUGCAUUUCUAUGACAAAA